UUCUGUUUUUUUUUUUUGCUCUUUACGGUUCCCCUCCACGUGGAUGGAAGAUGGCCGCGUUUGCGGACCUCAACAUCCUCUACUCGCCGGAGAAAGAAGCCUUGCAGAAGUUGGUGGAGGCUGCAGCGCACCUUGGCUAUUCAACUGUGGCAAUCAAUUAUGUUGUCAGCUAUGAAGAAAAGAAAAAAGAAAUUGUCAAGCCAAUAACCUCCGCAGAACUGUUUACAUCCUUGCCUCUUGUACAGGGGAAAUCCAAGCCAAUUAAGAUUUUAUCAAGGCUGACACUAGUGGUUUCUGAUCCAUCCCACUGCAAUGUUCUGAGAGCGACGUCCACAAAUAUCAAAUAUUAUGACAUCUUUGCUGUAUUUCCUAAGAAUGCGAAACUCUUUCACGUGGCAUGCACAACCUUAGAUGUAGACUUGGUGUGUGUUGAUGUGACGGAAAAGCUGCCCUUCUUCAUCAAGAGACCAUCUGUCAAUGUGGCAAUAGAGCGAGGUGUCUACUUCGAACUUAUUUACGUCCCCGCCAUCAAAGACUCCACAAUGCGACGGUACACAAUCUCGAAUGCCUUCAGCCUGAUGCAGAUCUGCCGUGGAAAGAAUAUCGUUCUGUCCAGCGGAGCUGAAAAGCCUAUCCAGUUGCGAAGUCCGUAUGAUGUGGCUAAUUUAGGUUGGUUAUUCGGCCUUUCAGAAAGCCAUGGCAAGGCAGCUGUUUCAACCAACAGCCGAUCCGUCCUUCUGCAUGGAGAAGCCAGGAAAUCCGCCUGUGGAGUGGUGUAUACAGUGAAGAAACCUCAACCUCCAGAAGAUGAGGAAGAGGAUGGCGCUCCACUCAGUAAAAAAGCCAAAACAGAUUUGUGAAUUACAAGUUUACUUCUCUGACACCCAUGGUCAGCCCAAACCUCCAAGGCUAUCUUACCUUACCUGAUGAAGAGGAGGGAUUUCAUAUCGCUAAGUUGACACAAGUAUCUACUUAGGUGAAUUCUCUAUAUGGACUUUAGGAGAAAUAGAUGAUGCUCCUUGAAUAUUGACUGGUGAAACAUGGCAACACAACAUUUAAAAGAAGUGGGAGAACUUGUAUAUAGCUGCUUUCUUUUAUAAUAAAUAUAUCUUAUCAAAUA